CUGGCUAUAAGAUGUCAUUUGAGAUCAACUGGGAUAACUUGGUAUCAGACAAUGCAAUUAACGAGUCGAUCAAAGAAUUUCUCGAUUCCCAAUUCCAAAAUCUUUCACUACCGUCCUAUAUAGCUGAUUUGUCGGUGACGAACUUCACCCUAGGCAAUACACCUCCAGAUAUCACCAUACGACAUAUAAGUGAUCCCUUUGAUGAAUUUUAUGAAAAUGAGGAUGAAGAGGAUCAUCUGCUAGGCAAAAAUGGUAACGAAUCUCCUCAAAGCAUGGGGAACAAUCUAGAACGGGAUCAGCCCAUGUCCAAAAAAUCAUCAACAAAUUUUGAGUUGAGUGAUGAUACUAACGAUGAUAUGAGUAGCAGUUCUGGGGAUUCGGAGGGUGAUUAUUCAGAUGACGGGUUGGCCAAUACCACAACUCUUAAUGGAGCAGAUGCAAUCCCUCCUGAAGUGCCGGUGGCACCUACGUUGAAUCGUUCCAGGAUGGCACUGGAUUCAAUUUUUCAAGUUCAUAACAGCUUUGGGCAUUUACAUAACUAUAAUAUGAAUAACGUUGGUUUGGGUAGUCUUAAUAAUGUAUCAACCCAUGUUGGUACUGAUACACCAACAAACAUUUUCAGUCAAAAUCCUUAUAAUAAUUUACGGGCAAAUAAUACUAGUGCUAAUAAAAAUAAUUCGGGGCCUUAUAAAUUAUUGAAUACGACUAAGAAAUCGCCAGUGAAGGAUGAUAAUGACAUUCAGUUCAUUGUGGAAAUAGAUUACCAUGGAGAUUUACAAAUGGAAGUAACGGUUAACUUAUUAGUCAAUUAUCCCAGUUCGAACUUUAUAACAUUACCUAUUAAGCUUCAUAUAAGCGAUUUGGUGAUUCAUUCUAUUGCUGCAAUUGCAUAUUUAAAGCAUUCGGUUUUCUUUUCCUUCCUUUGUGAUAUAAAUGAAAAUAAUUCUGACUAUUUCUCCUCAAGCCAUCGCAAUUCCGCAACUUUAUCCCAUCAACAUUCUGAGCUAAAUGUUCCUACCGGGGGAAAUUUCGUUGAUUAUGUAACUGGUCCUUUGAAUAGGGAGAGAAUUGAUAUAAUUAAGAAGGUCCACAUCGAAUCGGCAAUUGGUGAACUUGAAAAUAAUGUUUUACGAAAUGUCGGUAAAGUGGAACGGUUUUUGGUUGACCAAUUGAGAAGUAUUAUUCGUGAUGAGAUUGCAUGGCCAGGUUGGGUUUGUUUUGAUCUAAAUGAUGAUGAUACUGACGAUGAUGAAAAUGAAUAUGAUGAUCAAAGUGAUGACACUAAAGUAUAAUUUGUAAAACCCCCCUCCAUAAACUAUUUAAAAAUUUGGCUGUUUAAUUUUACUUAUCUCUCAAUGUAUAUAUUGCUCUAUACUUCACAUUUGGUUUAUUUUGUGGUAGCGGACUUGUCACGAAAUUAAAACACGCUGUUAGGUAUUAGCUUGUAGUCUAAAUAAAUUUCGGACCUUUAAUCAUUGUC